UUUCAUCACACUCACAUGCUCCAGCAGAGAGCGCACAUGCGUCAGAAGAGCGCAGCCCCGGCGCCUGAGCAGAAGGAUGCUCGGCGAGGUGUCGGCUGCAGCAUCAGCACCGCUCCUCCUCCUCCGGUCCGCAGCAUCGCUCUCUCUGCACUCUUUCUGUCUCCGACACUCCGAGGGAGAGAGGGAGGAGGGAAGACGCGCACGUGUUUUGUUUUGCAACUCCUGCGGUCGACCGACAGUUCUUCAAUGAACCAACACCAGAGGCACCUGAAGAUUGAACAGCCCAUCAUCUCCCUGAAGAGGUAUCAAAGACAGCUUCGUAACGACAGUAAAGGCAAAAUAGGCAGCGGGUUGAAAUGAAAAAGAUUUCAUGAGAUGACAAUUUGUCCCCAGAAUACUCAACUGAAGGGCCAUCGUCACACAGACCCUGAGGGAAAGAGACAGGCAAUUGAAAGAUCUCAUCUAUAACUCUAUAGAUGGCCUCAGCACCCUGGAGGUGUCUUUGAGUGAAUCAGCCAAAAGAUCAGGUCCGACAUGAGCAUCCCAACAAGUUUCCAGGGACUGAGGGUCAGAGGAGACAAGGUUGCAAACAAAACUCAGAUCCAGUUCCCCCAGUCUGGGGAUGAUAAUGCUAAUCAAUUACCUUCUAUUGGUGAUCAAGAAAGGAGGAGACUGACUAAGGACAAAGGCUACAGUUCCAUUCCUCCUUUAGUCUCCAAGAGUGAUUCCCCUGACAAGUUAGUGAUCUGGGGCUCUGAGCAGCAAUGCAUGGAGCCUGAGCUCAGCAAUUUUGAGCUUUUGGAGUGUCAGGGGAUACAUACAUUUUUGGGAAACAGGGACCAGGAGGAGGAGAAUGAAGAGGAGGAGGACGAUGGAGGAAGUAUGAGAGAGGGUCCCAUGUCAAUAUCCUCCAGUUCAACUGCCAGCUCUGCUUCAACUGGCAUGAGGAGAUAUGACAACGACUGCAACAAAGUGGAGACCAGAAUACAGAGGGGUAAAGAGGUGCAGAAAAGGAUGGCCUGCCAUAGCACUGAAGAGCUAGACACAUGCGUGACAGGUUCAAUAGAAAAAAGGAACUCCAGAUCAGGCAGGGACAGGCAGAGUGUGGGUCUGAAGGAGUCAAAGUCUGAGACAAAUGUGUUUGUCUCCAGUUUGUCAGCCAUCGCCCUCAGUGGGAGCUUGUCAUGUGCUCUGGAUAGUAGCGGGGAAGCACAGACUCCCAUCUCUCUGUCCAACUCCAAGACCAACGCUUAUCCAAAUGCCAACAACGCUACCUCAGCCCAGACCAGGAGAAGGGCAGUCCCUGCAGAUGCCAACCAGAACUCUGCAUCAUCGCAUCCUCAGGAGAAACAUGACUGUCCUCAAUUCUGCAGCCAAGAUCACAGGCAGAAGGAGGGAAGCCAUCAUAGAAAUGGAUUGUCCUCUGAUGUGGGGUUGGGCCAAAGGCGCAGGGCUGGAUUUGAUGAGAGGGCUCUGCCACCGCGACAGCAACAGCUAGUCAGACCCCUCUGUCAGACCGAGAUGGGAAGAGCAAGGAGCUCAGCAGAGCCCAAUGCUCAUCAAGAUGAGAGAGAGCAACCUACUUCUCCCAACAACACUACAGAUUAUUACAGUAAUGGGUCAAACAUAAAGUUUACAAGAUCAUCUUUACGUGAACCAUCAGAUUUCUCCCAUCUGUACAACACAUAUGCACUCUCCCAGCCCAGGCAGCCCAACCAAGCAGCCCAGAGAGAGGUGGACAAACAGCCAGCUCCAGCACCAAGGCAUCAUUCCUGCCCCCCCAACCCUUCCACCUUAGAGAAGAGACCCCAGACUCAGUUCACAUACAGAAGGAAUUGCUCCAGUCCCAACAGGACGGGUGUUGAAUCCAGGUCAUCUACCCCUCCCCACUCCCCUCUUAGGACACCCCAGGGCUCACCACGCAGGCAAACCGCCAUGUACCAUGUUUCCAGAAAUGUCUCUGGAGUGAGACACAUCCCAUCGGGAGGCAACCCUGCUGUAAUAACGUCAGCUCAGGGCCAUGGCAACAGUUGCUUGAGAGCACCAGUCAAAACUAAUAUAAGCACAAGUGGAAUCCCCAAAGCGCCUCUUAACAACCAACAGAUCUCCCCCCACCCUAACCACAACUCCAGCCCCAAAGAAAGCUCCCCAUCACCUAAACUUAAGCCCAAAGGAGUUCGCCCUAAAAUCAUUACUUAUGUGCGAAAGAAUCCUCAGUUCAAGCCUCAAGCUGCUGACGGACCUUAUCAGGUUUCCUCUCUACCGUCCAGGCUCUCGGCGAACUCUCAUGGCCAAACACCCACUUCCUUCAAAGGCACCGCUAAAGACCCCUGCAGGCCUGACACAGAAACCAGAGGAGCCCCAGCACUCAUUGCCCCCAAUCUGCUCUAUGACAAGUACCGCCAAGACAUGCAGACAAACAUCUUCCCAUCAGGUGUUCUGAGCAGGAGUAUCAGGCCCCCUGGUCACGCAAACACUGUUCCCCCUGCACACACACAUGUCAAUCCACAUGUGCACACCCACAGUCAUACAGCACCACCGAAACUGGGCAGCAAAGCAGACAACUUCUAUGGGACAACGUCAGAGGUGGCAAGAUCUUCCAGUGUAAAAGGAAGUUCUGCUGAGGACACGCUGCAGCCGCAGACAGCGGCUCAGGCCGGAGGGAGCGGCAGUCUCCUGCGCUCUGGCAGAGGACUGCGUCUGGGCCUGGGAGCUGUCAACAGGACGGCUACGGGCAUUGCCAAGGGCAGAGGGCCUGGUCAAGGUCAGAGGUCUGUGCUGGUCUUCAGCCAGCCUGUCCAGCCUGUCAGCCCAGCAACCAGUCAGAGAAGCCAAGACAACACAGAUGACCAGGUGUUCACCCAACAUGCUCCGGCUCCGGCGACGGCAGCGGCCCAGCCCCAGUCCGCCGCCUCCCGGUCUCUGCUGCCCAAGGCAAGCCAGACAGGCCUGCGGCCCCCGGGCUUCAGCUCCAGCCGUCACCCCGCAGGCCGCCUGGCGGCGUUCGGCUUCAUCAGGAGCUCCAGUGUGUCGUCCGUGACCUCGGCUCACUCUGCCGACAGCACACAGAGUGACCCCUGCAGGACAGCUCACCGUCUGAGCGUGAGUGAGGAGCCUCCUCCUCACAGAGUGACCACCAGCCCCCCGUCUGCAGAUCACCAGAGAGGGGCACCGUGCCGCAGCAACAGUCUCCAGCCGCCCUCCACCCCGGCUCUGCCGCGGCGCUACCUGCCUCCCCAGCCAAGGAGCUCCCCUGGAGUUGGCAGGAAGGAGUUUCAGCGGAGUUCCGAAGUCACCCGUUCUCUCCCGUCCUCCCCGAAGAGGCUGGCAGUGGUUCCCCCUAAACCUCAGUCCCCAGUCCAGUCUGGGCAGCGGCCCGCAGCGGCAGUGCGAGGGUCGGCUCCCCCGGGGUCCCCCCGCCGCGUGGCCCCCCUAAGGCUGCAGCAGGAGCAGCAGGAAAGCCUGCAGAGGGAGAAAGAGGAGGCUCAACAGAAAGAGAGAGCGAGGCAAGCAGAGGAGAGAGAAAAAGAGGAGCAGACAGAGGAGGUUCAGAGGCUGCAGGGACGAUGUGAACAGCAGGAGAGGCAGCUGAGAGCUCUGAGAGAAGAACUGAGGAAGACUUCCUUGGGUCUAGAAGCCUUCAUCAUCACCACUCAGCACUACUGCCUCAAGAAUAAAGCUACAGAGGAAAAUGAAAGGAAGCUGUCAGUGGAAAUGCAAAAGAUCCGAGAGGAAAUGGCAUCUAACUCGGUGCGGUGGGAGAGGCUCCAGCGGGAAAAGACGGCGUUGGAGGUGGCGUUCGAGCGAGAGCUGCAGGAGCUGCAGCUGCAGCAGGAGGCGGAGCUGGCUGCUGUGGAGGAGGGGCUCCGAAAGUGUCACUCGGCCGAGGCGGAACACCUGAAGGCGGAGUUUCGGUCAGAGAUGGAGGAGUUUAGGACACAGCAGCAGGAACUGGUGGAGGAAAUGACAGUCAACCACCAGGCAGCCAUUCAGGAGCUCAGAGACAUGCAUAACAUCACCAUGGCAACACUGCAUGAGGAGCACGCCCGUACCAUGAGAGACUUAAGGAAAGCUCAUGAGCAACAGAAGCUGCUUCUCGAGGAGGAAUUUGAAAAACACAGGCUUUCUCUGCAGGAUCAAGUGGACACGCUCACAUUUCAAAAUCAGAGUCUGAGGGACAAAGCCAGACGUUUUGAAGAGGCUUUGAGGAGGAGCACGGAUGAACACAUAGUUGAUGCUUUAGCUCCAUACCAGCACAUCGAGAAAGAUCUGAAGAGCUUGAAGGAGAUUGUAGAGAUGAAGAACCAGCAGAUACACCAGCAAGAUAAGAAGAUCUCUGACCUGGAGAAAGUGCAGGCCCAAAAGAACGUGUUCCUCGAGGAGAAGGUCCAGGUUCUGCAGCAGCAGAACGAAGAUCUGAAGACCCGUAUCGAUAUGAACCUAGCAUUGUCCAGGCAACUAUCGUCGGAGAACUCCAACCUCCAGGAGUCCGUCGAGAAGGAGAGCACCGAGAAGAAGCGUCUGAGUCGGAACAACGAGGAGCUGCUGUGGCGCCUCCAGACCAGUCCGCUCAUGUCCCCCGCCUCCUCCCCACUGCACCGCUCCUUCUCCACCUCCCCCGUCCCCUCAUCCCCAUUCUUCUCCUCCUCGCCUGUGCCAGGGUGCGAAUCCCCCACUCACUGUCACGGCUGUCCCCAGCAAGUUCAGUACUCCUCCCCUUCCCACAGAGCCACCACCAAUCAAAACCUCUCCCCGGGACCGGCCACGCCAACUCACAGGGCAGCAAGCAAUCAGAAUUACUCCCCCGGCCCGGCCACGCCCACACACAGAGCGUCGGCCAACCGUUGUAACUUAGCUGCUCGAUAAGCUCACGUCGUUCUCUCUCCAAUUUCUUACCUGGCUCGUUCUCUUUCAGUUCUUUCAUUCUCCUCCUUCCUUUCUCAAUGUGAAUGGAGCUGCAGUACAUGUUGUACACAAACGACAUGUCCAGUUAUUACAGGUAAAACUGGACAGAUAGUUCUUUGUCCCAACAUGUAUUGAUACUAAGUCUUGAAGUAGAGACUGUAUAUACUGUAUGAUAGUGAUGCAAGUGUUGACAUGUAGUUAAAACCUGCAUGAAUUGGAUGGUCAUGAGCCCCUCAGAAACAGGAAACAGAUGGAAAGUAGCACACUCUUUUAACCAAAACUCAAUUCUCCAGGGAGAUUUGAACACGGUCAUGUCCUCGAUAAAAUAAGUUAUAUUACUUUCUCAUAGUCAGUUAACUAUUAAUUGCAACUCUGAGUCAUGAACUGAAUCAGCCUUCAAGUUAAAUGUUUUUUUUUCAUUUGGAAAAAUCCCCAACAAAGCACCUUAUACUUGAUCCUGUGGUUUCGCCAGCAGAGAAGGACCAACGUGUUUUUUUCAUGAAGGACUUUACAUACAGAAUUGGUUUGUUAAAUCAGAGCUCAUAACGAUUUUCAGCCUCCUCAAGAUGAAUUUGACAUUUUGUAAAUUAGUUCAGUGCUGAUGUUUUACAUGUGUGGGACGUCCUCCCUGGAACCCGAGCCAUUUUACCUGCAAAAUGCAGAGGACUUGAUGAUCGAAAAAGUCUUUUAAAACCUUGCCAGUGGUUCCUACAACGUCCACAUGAGCUACUCUUCACUUUCAUGAUCCCUCAGGUCAACUUGCAAAAACGAAUACACCCGCCAUUUUAUAUUUACCUCAGUGGGAAUGUGCAGUCUGUUGUGUCUGCAACUCAGCAGCAUUAACAACGACAACAACAACAACAACAACAACAACACCGCUACAGAGAGAAAGAGAGAGAGAGCUCAGAGCUACAGGGGUACCUGGCAACAGGAAUCACUGUUUUAACGAUUAUUGUGGAUUUCUUUAUGAUGUGGUGUUUAUAUCUAAUUUAUUUGUUACAUGUGUUUUGCUACUUUAAGCAAGCAUGUACUGUGGAAGUCUGCCAGUCUUUACGUAAACUUAUUAUUGCCGUGAUCUGUCUCUUCAUUAUUAAGCUUGAGCUGUGAGGGAAAUGAAUGGUGUGUUUAACUCUAAAGUGUAAUACUCUCGGAGCUUAUACUGGAGAUUUCUAGGCUGUCAUAGGUGAUGUUCAGGGGACUGUGUUAUGAAAUGAUAUGAGUCUAUAAGCUAUAUGUAGAUAAAAAAAACAGUUUAACCCUCUGUUUACCUCUCUGUGACGUAUUAGAAUAGCGUAACCCUGUCUGAACCCGUGUUAACCCCUCAUAACCCGGGGUUAACUCCUCCUGCAUUGUUUAUUUGAAUGACACUUUUUUAUUCUUUGACUAUUAUGUUCCAAAAAGUUUUGCAAACUGAAUUUUCAGUGUAAUGAAUAUAUUGUUCAGGGAAUUGUUUUCUAAAUUUAGAUUAGAAACAUUUUUGUUUUUUGUAUAGCUUCUCUACAGAACAGUAAACACGAGAUAUUUCCCAAGAUGAUUUUCCACUUAUAUAAAACCCAAUAGAGAAACCAACCUUUGAUGUAUAAAAAAAAGAGAAUCAUUUUAUAGCAUACAGUAAAUCAUAGCUGCCUCCUGUACUAUACUGUACUGACUGAACUUACCCCUCAGGGCUCUAAUCUUUCAUCUGGCUUUGAACAAGUCAACACUGAAUAUGACUGAAUAUUAUAAAGUGUAAUCUCAGUGAUUUACUUGCACAUAAACACACAAAGUCAAAGCUACAUGAAAAUUAGCAUGGCCAGUUAGAUGGGGUAAGUCUGUGUUGUGUUGGCUAUUGGAAAAAAAUGCUAUUGGGAGCAUGGGUUAGGGUUUGUGACUAAUGUAAUAUUGUUAGGUAGAUGCAUGGGAAGAGGGGCGGGGGGCAGUAUCAAGGCCUACCAGAGGGCCCUGAAACUCCUUGCAGCCCCCCUGGUCACUUUUUCUGUUCAGUUACAGGUUGAGUAAAUGUAAACUUUUACCAGCAUGUAAAAAGUUUCUGAGUUGACAGUCUUUCCAGGAAUAAUCUUCUAAGUAGAUCUUUAAUUGCUAUAUACCAGCACUUUGAUGGUCAUGAAAAAAAGGUGGGGGAAAAAAUGUAUCUCAAUGUAUCUCACCGAUUUUUAUAACGACCCUGAUGAUUCUGGGAAUGUCUUUGCAUAACUAGCAGUUGGAAGAAUAUACCAGUCAGAAAGUCACUGUGCUUUCGAAUGUUUAGGAUUGCAGUUCAUGUACGCCACCGGAUGAUUCUUCAGGAGGCCUCCUCAAGGUCACCUCAGGUCCAAAAAAUACAAUAUUGCAAACAAAAACCAGUGUUUACAGCAUAAAACGAUGUUAAAUUUAUAUUUCACCUUUGAACGGACUUUGAUAUUUGAACAAUGAACUGGUAUUGUAAUGACCCUUCAAUGUGUCCUGUGGACAUGUGUUUCUCACACUGCGCUGAAUGUCGAAAAAAUGUAAUUUUAUACAAGUCAUUCUUGUGAUUUUGUUUGAUAUAGAAGGGCCUCUUUUCUGACCACUAUGUAGCAGCCACUUGAUAUGUAGCACUUGGUUGAGCCUCCCCUCAAGGAACGUGGGUAAUUUGUCCGACACUCAAACGUCCAUGUUGAUAUUUAAAUGCUGUCGUAGCAAAUGUUUCCAUGGCUUGUCAACUUUCAGCACUAUGUAAGCUAUAUGACUAACCCCUCGUGGAUUUGCUCCAGGGACAACGUUUACUGAAUUUGUCCAGGCACUGAUUGUAUGUUUGAAUGUAAAUACAUUUACAACUCGAGUUGUGUCUUAGUGCACCAACAAAGUAAUAGAAGCAUGUUCUUUCUGUCUUCGCUGUUUCUCGCCCUCUCCCUUUCUCUUCUGUUACCUCUCUGCAUUUGUGGCGGUCAAAAUGUUAAGAUGUGGCGUGCGGUACGGGAGGCCUAGAGGACGAGGAAUGAGAUAGUUCAACACGUUAUGUACUCGCAGUAUGUUGGUGAUUUUAUUUUUUCGUUUGGGGAGAACACAGUAUUAAAAUAUUUUAGAAAAGUCA